AUGGAGUACAACAUGAUCAAGAGCCUCAUAUUCUCCUUACCAAAAUGGUUGUAUUCCCAUAUAUGGUUCUCAGACAUAGCCAUAGGACUCCUUAUUGUCUUCAUCUUCAACUCCAUAGUUCAAAGACUCACCACAAAGGGUCCUAUGACAUGGCCGGUUUUUGGCAUACUUCCAACUGUACUCUUACAUGUGACCCACAUUUAUGAAUGGGGUGGCGAAGCUUUGGUCAAAUCUGGUGGAAGCUUUUACUAUAGAGGUAUGUGGAUGGGUGGUACUUAUGGGAUUGCCACAUGUGAUCCUGAGAAAAUCGAGUACAUACUCAAAACAAAUUUCAAGAACUACCCGAAGGGUAAAGCUUAUAGGGAAAGAUUUUAUGAUUUUCUUGGAGAUGGGAUUUUUAAUGCUGAUGAUGAGUUAUGGAGGCAACAACGUCGUGUGGCUAACUCUGAGAUGCACUCAACUCGCUUCACACAAUUCUCCAUGAACGCCAUCAAAACGUUGGUGCAUGAGAAAUUGUUGAAGCUUCUAGAGGCGAAAAAAGGAUGUGUUAUUGAUUUGCAAGAUGUACUUCUUCGUUUCACUUUUGACAAUACUUGUGCUGUGGCAUUUGGUGUUAAUUCGGGGUGUUUGGAAGUUGAGUUACCAGACAUACCCUUCGCCAAGGCAUUUGAACAAGUGACUUACGCAAGUUUGCUGAGGUUCUUGAUGCCUCCAUAUGUGUGGAAACCAAUGAAGUUUUUCAGAUUAGGGUUUGAGAAAACACUACAUGAAGCUGUCAAAAUUGUGCAUGGUUUUGCUGAGAAAACAGUAAAAGAAAGAAAGAUGGAAUUAUUAGGUAACAAGGAGGCUAUAAAUAACAACUCAAGGUGUGAUCUUUUGUCAAGGCUUAUCAUCAUGGAACAGGAUAGAGAAGAAGUGUUUUUUACUGAUAAACUACUUCAAGAUUUCUGCAUAAGUUUCAUCUUAGCAGGUAGAGACACCAGCUCUGUUGGACUAGCAUGGUUCUUUUGGUUAAUUACCAAAAACCCAUCAGUAGAAACCCGAAUACUCGAGGAAAUCCACAACAUUUUACAACAAAGAGAAAACCCCGACAAGGAAAAUCAAGAAAACACAACCUUCACAGAAGAAGAGCUAAAGAAAAUGGUGUAUCUUCAAGCAGCAAUAACAGAAUCCUUACGUCUAUAUCCUCCUGUCUCAUUUGACCACAAAGAGCCACAAGAAGACGACAUGUUCCCUGAUGGGACCCCAAUCGAAAAGGGUGCACGAAUAGUAUACGUCAUGUAUGGCAUGGCUAGGAUGCCGACCAUAUGGGGUAAAGAUUGUUGUGAGUUUAGGCCUGAAAGAUGGAUCAGAGAUGGUGAAUUCAUCAGCGAAAGCCAGUUCAAAUACACGGUGUUUAAUGCAGAUUUUGAGAUUUCUACGAAUCGGUUGCGCUCUCGAUCAGUAGUGAACUCGUAUCUGAAGAUGUCAAAUACGACAAUGGAUGUUCCGAAAACCGGAUUCAGUUUCGACCUGUGUAGGAGAAACGAUAUGCUGGCGAAGAAAGGCUUGAAACCUCCUGGGUAUCUUAAAACGGGAACCACCAUCGUUGGCUUAAUCUUUGAGAAUGGUGUGAUUCUUGGAGCAGAUACCAGAGCCACAGAAGGUCCCAUUGUUGCGGAUAAGAACUGUGAGAAGAUUCAUUACAUGGCACCAAACAUUUACUGUUGUGGAGCUGGAACUGCUGCUGAUACAGAAGCUGUUACAGACAACAUCAGCUCUCAACUGAAGCUACACAGAUAUCACACUGGUCGUGAAUCAAGAGUUGUAACAGCACUUACACUGUUAAAAUCUCAUCUUUUUCGCUACCAAGGCCAUGUUUCUGCUGCUUUGGUACUUGGUGGAGUUGAUGUCACAGGCCCUCAUCUCCACACUAUUUAUCCUCAUGGAUCAACUGACACACUCCCAUUUGCCACAAUGGGAUCUGGUUCUCUUGCUGCAAUGGCUAUCUUUGAAUCAGAGUAUCGUGAAGGACUUACUAGGGAUGAAGGGGUAAACUUGGUAACCAAAGCUAUAUGUUCUGGAAUAUUUAAUGAUUUGGGAAGUGGAAGCAAUGUUGAUGUGUGUGUGAUAGAAAAGGGUAAGAAGGAGUAUCUGCGCAAUCAUCUCACUCCAAAUCCCCGAACUUACAUCAGUGAAAGAGGCUAUACUUUCUCCAAAAAAGCUGAAGUUCUGCUUACAAGGAUUACACCACUGAAGGAACUGGUUGAAGUAGUUCAAGUGGGAGGAGAUGCCAUGGAAGAAUAAGUUUGCCAUUUCUACCCUUUGUUUCAGCAAAUUAUGUCUUCUUUUCGUUUAGAACGAGCUGCUUGAGUUUAAACGACACUGAAUCCAGUUGUUUGUUAUCAUGUUAUCAUUUCAUGUUAUGGAAUAUGAA